AUGAUGAAGAGUUCAGAUUUCAUCAAUCUAGCCCUCUGGAGCAUCAUCAACAUCAUGCUCUUCUUCCCCAGGGUCAGUCCACAAAUUUUUUAUCCACCUGAUUUACCCAUCACAAGCCCCCAACUCGUGAAGGCUUACAUAGCUCUCCAAGCUUGGAAAAAUGCGAUAACCUCCGACCCCCACCAAUUUACAGCCAACUGGUGUGGGCCGCAUGUAUGCAACUACACCGGUGUAUACUGUGCCCCAGCCCCAUAUGACCCUUUUAUCUUAACGGUUGCCGGCAUAGACCUAAACCACGCCAACAUAGCCGGUUUUUUGCCUGAAGAACUUGGCCUCCUCAAGGACCUUGCUCUCUUUCACAUAAACACCAAUCGCUUCUUCGGUGUCAUCCCUGAUAGCUUUAUCCAUCUCAAAUUUCUUUUUGAGCUUGACAUUAGUAACAACCACUUUAGUGGUCCGUUUCCCGGUGUUGUUUUCUUUUUGCAUUCGCUCAAAUAUCUUGAUGUGAGGUUCAAUGAGUUCGAUGGAAAGAUCCCACCAGAGCUUUUUGAGCUAAAACUAGAUGCUCUUUUCAUAAAUAAUAACAGAUUUCAGUCAACCCUCCCUUCUAACCUAGGAAACUCUCCAGUCUCGGUGUUUGUAGUAGCCAACAAUGAUAUCAGAGGCUGCAUUCCUCCAAGUUUGGCAAACAUGGCAGAAACCCUUGAUGAGAUUAUUCUCUCUAAUAUAGCGUUAACAGGUUGCUUACGACAAGAUAUUGGGCUGCUAAGAGGUUUGACAGUUCUUGAUGUCAGCUUCAACUAUCUAGCUGGGCCUUUGCCAGAGUCAAUAGGAGCAAUGAAGAGCUUGGAGCAGCUGAACGUGGCACAUAACAAGUUUUCCGGGCAAGUUCCUAGCAGUAUAUGUUCCUUGCCUAAGUUGGAGAAUUUCACAUACUCGUCUAAUUACUUUUCUGGUGAGCCGCUGGUGUGCCUCAGAUUGCCGGGAAAUGAUGACAGGAGGAAUUGUAUUCCAAAUAGGCCUUUCCAGCGCACACCUGAUGAAUGUAGUAACUUUUAUGCACAUCCGAUUAGUUGUGCCUCCAUUCAGUGCCCCAUUUUCUAG